CUGGGUAGAAUUCUUUCUUGGAAGGCUAAGAUGUGACUCGGUUUUGAUAGAAGGUUGAAAAUUGAACUUACAAUGGGAGGUUUAAUGAUUAAUGGAGAUGCAUUUGUCUCACAGCAUUUCUAUGGCUGUCUGUCUUGCAUUACAGCUGGGGAAAGUGAGGCAGAUGUCUGGCAAAGCUCAGUUAUGGCAGGAGGUAAGGAUACAAGUCCUUUGCUUUGUUCAAUAGAUCACAUUCCUUUAUAAGAGCUUCCUUUUGCUAAUGCUCUUGCUAUUAGUACAACUUACAUAAGGGUCUCUGGUCUCAUGCCACUGGCAACCCACAAGUUCACCACUUAAAUCACCCUAAGCGUGUUUCAGACACUAAUGAAGACCAGGUCUUGUUUUAACCAAAGGCUGCAAGAAGAGUAUCUUAAAUAAAUGGAGAUAAUUGGCUAGGGAUAACUGAGAAGAUGGUUUCUGGGCCAUGGAGAUGGCUGUACUUUGCCUUUGGUUCUGACAAUUUGGUUAAAAUGCAAGACACAUGCUGAAACUGAAGCUGUUAGGGUUGGGUGCACUGGUGCUGAAAUAACUGACCACUCUCUCCCAAGUGCUUGCAUUAGCUUCUGGAUUUGGUUUUGCAAGAUUCUCUGAUGGCUUUUUCAUUUUCAUGCCAUGACAUAUUUUGCCAUUGAGUUGUGUGUAGGAAUUUCAGGACUGAAGCCACAUGUAAACAAACAUGAGAUAUCUGAGCUAUUAGAUACUGUCAUUUCAGUAGACUGCUGCUUCACUCUGCUUUCAUCUCAGGGCCUGCAAUCCUGAAAAUGAACCAAUGAUGCUGCAGAUUCAAAUACAACAUGAGCAUCUGGACAAGAGUGAUGCACCAUAUAAUUCAUCAUUAAGCCUCAGAAAAUAGAUUUUUGGCAAACUGCCUUUGAUAAAUCUGGGUUGCAGGAAGGUUUUGGUUAUGCAGCUGAAGUUAGGGCAAAUGGAACCUUGUUCUUUCUGCAUGUUCCCUGCUAGUUGUUUCACAAGUAGCCUCCAACUCUGAAGGCAAUGUUCUUAGUCUUUCCUGGAGGAAGUAAAAGGACUUGUCAUAAGCAGAGUUCAGUAAUGCAUGACUGUUCUCCUGGAUUUGUCCUUGCUGGUUACAAAAGGGGAACAUUCUAUUGUAUCUAAUCCUUUUCUGUCCACUAUCAAGGGAAGACUUUGAAUUCUCAGUUGGGAGGGCAACACUGCAGAGUCUUGAUGCAGAAGUGGCUUCACAGCCAGAAAAUUAAACAUUCCUGAACAUCUCAAGCUUGAUGAGCCAUUUUGUACUUUUGGAGCUUGAAGUGCAGAAGAGUCUUGGCUUUUACUGUUGCUUACUGAAGUGAACUGCUCUUUUCUAGGAGGCUAGCAGUCUGCAAAACUGCAAAAGAGAGGGACAACUGUCCAUGCCCUAUGCCUGUUUUUUGUGGUCACAAAGAAGAAAUUACUUCUGUUGGUGCACAAGUCCCACCAGCAUCUGGAGGGGACCAAAUGUGAACUGCGUCGACAGUACUGGAUACACUCCACUGCACCACGCUGCUUUGAAUGGUCACAAGGAUGUGGUGGAAGUUCUGUUGAGGAACGAUGCACUAACCAAUGUGGCAGACUGCAAAGGUUGUUACCCUCUUCACUUGGCAGCCUGGAAAGGAGAUGCAGAGAUAGUAAGACUUCUCAUCCACCAGGGACCCUCCCACACUAAAGUGAAUGAACAGAAUACUCUUGAGAUCAAAGAACUCAAAAAGUACGGCCCUUUUGACCCCUAUAUCAAUGCCAAGAACAACGACAAUGAGACGGCGCUGCAUUGCGCUGCUCAGUAUGGCCACACUGAAGUGGUGAAGGUUCUCCUGGAGGAGCUGACUGACCCCACGAUGCGCAAUAACAAGUUCGAGACACCGCUGGAUCUAGCCGCACUCUACGGAAGGCUGGAGGUCGUGAAGAUGCUGCUGAAUGCUCACCCCAAUCUUUUAAGCUGCAACACUAAGAAACACACCCCCCUGCACCUGGCAGCUAGGAAUGGACAUAAAGCUGUAGUCCAUGUCCUCCUAGAUGCUGGCAUGGAUAGCAACUAUCAGACUGAGAAGGGCAGUGCUUUGCACGAGGCUGCUUUGUUUGGCAAGACAGACGUGGUACAAAUAUUACUGGCUGCAGGCAUUGAUGUGAAUAUAAAAGAUAACAGAGGCCUGACAGCUCUGGAUAUUGUGAGAGAGCUUCCUUCUCAGAAAAGCCAACAAAUAGCAGCUCUCAUUGAAGAUCACACAACUGGGAAGAAGAGUGCGAGAGAGGCAGAGAAGGCUUUGUUAACACCUGUCAUUCCUGCCACUGAACCUGCAGUCCGGCUACCACGUGGUGACGUGGAGAAAGCAGUGACUGAACUGAUCAUAGAUUUUGAAAUGCACCCAGAAGAAGAGAGUCCUUAUGAAGCUUUAUACAAUGCCACAUCGUGCCACUCCCUGGACAGCCUGGCCAGUGGGAGAUCUUCAGACAGAGACUCGGUGAAUAAGGAAGCAGAAACAUCUGGUCUUAAGGCAGCAGGAGUCAGGCCUCCUUUUAAACAGCAGAGAGAGCGUCCGCCCCCUCCUGCCAAGCCGCCCCCUGACGAAGAGGAGGAGCAUGUGGAGAAGAAGCUAGGUCGCAGUGCUUCCUGUGAGGCCUCUGUGGUGCGGAGGAAGAGCAGGGGAAGUGCAGCCGAGGAAGAGGAAGAGCAUCCUUAUGAGCUAUUGCUUACAGCAGAAACGAAAAAGCCGCUGGCAAUGGAUAGAAAAACUAAAGGGGAAUUCUCCUCUUCAGGUGUUCUCAGCAGUAACCAGCCUCAGGCCAAGCCCCGAAAAGGCACGUCUUCCCACGAUGGUCAAUGGCCGUUGACUCGCCAAGCUUCUUCCGACCUCUCUUCUAGCCAUUCCGAGGAUUAUCCAAACCCUGAUUCACACUUGAUUGAGACCUCAACAGACCACAGGAGGAGCAGUGGCAGCCGGAGCCAAGAUUCUGCAGAGAUCCAGGACAUCCAGGUGCCAGAGCAGUUUUCAGGGUUACUCCAUGGCUCUUCCCCGGUGUGUGAGAUAAACGAGGACCCUUUCAGACUCAUUUCUUCUGUAGCCAAAGGAGGCACGGAGGGCACUGGCCAUUCACCUGCUAUGCAGUUGGAGGAUGCUGAUCUGCUUGCCUCUGGAUCAGUACGGACCAGCUCUCCGGACCAAAACCAGAAAGCGAUCUACGCAACAGUCCUGCACAAAAACAUCCAACAGGCGGAACCGGAAACUACAGUGACUCCUCAGGGGCUGCCGCACCCUGGUGGUGCAGAGGAAGGAGACAGAGGUGGUGCUGGGUCACGAGGCCCCCUCGCAGGCAAGCCCAAAGCAGAGCUCAAACUCAGCCGUAGCUUGUCCAAAUCAGACUCUGACCUCCUAACCUGCUCGCCGACUGAGGACGAUGCCAUGGGGAGUCGGAGCGAAUCGCUCUCUAACUGCAGUACUGGGAAGAAAAGGCUGGAAAAAUCUCCAUCGUUUGCUUCAGAGUGGGAUGAGAUUGAGAAAAUCAUGAGCUCCAUCGGUGAAGGCAUUGACUUUUCUCAGGAACAGCAGAGGAUCUCAGGUUCACGGAUGCUGGAGCAGAGCGUCGGGGAGUGGUUGGAGUCCAUCGGUCUGCAGCAGUACGAGAGUAAGCUGCUUUUGAACGGCUUUGACGAUGUCCGCUUCCUAGGCUGUAACGUAAUGGAAGAUCAGGACCUUCGGGAGAUCGGGAUUAGUGACCCGCAGCACCGCAGGAAACUCCUCCAGGCCGCACGCCCCCUGCCCAAGGUGAAAUCUCUAGGUUGCGACGGGAACAGCCAGCCUUCGGUUUCUGCUUGGCUUGACUCUUUGGGGCUGCAGGACUAUAUUCAGUCCUUCCUGUCGAGUGGCUACAGCUCCAUUGACACUGUGAAAAACCUCUGGGAGCUUGAAAUAGUAAAUGUGCUGAAGGUGAAUCUGCUGGGCCAUCGGAAGCGAAUCAUAGCCUCCUUGGCAGACAGACCAUACGAGGAGCCGCCCCAGAAGCCACCACGGUUCUCCCAGCUGAGGUGCCAGGAUCUGAUGUCCCAGACUUCCUCACCGCUGAGCCAGAAUGACUCCUACACAGCAAGGUCUGCGGAGCUCUUGCUGCCUUCAGGGGAUACUGGAAAGAGGCGACAUGACAGUGGCCAUGAUGCUGCUUCUCACCCCAGAGCCGACAGAUACAAAGUACAGGAGGAGCAUCGUGAGUCCAGACUGACUCUCAGGCCCCCAAGUCUCGCUGCGCCAUACGCGCCUGUCCAGAAUUGGCAGCACCAGCCUGAGAAGCUCAUCUUCGAGUCUUGUGGGUACGAGGCCAAUUAUCUGGGCUCCAUGUUAAUCAAGGAUCUUCGAGGGACGGAGUCGACACAGGAUGCCUGUGCAAAGAUGAGGAAGUCCACAGAGCAUAUGAAGAAGAUCCCAACCAUAAUACUGUCCAUCACUUACAAAGGGGUGAAGUUCAUAGACGCUUCUAACAAGAAUGUUAUCGCCGAGCAUGAAAUCCGGAACAUCUCCUGCGCGGCCCAGGACCCUGAGGAUCUCUGCACGUUUGCCUAUAUCACCAAGGAUCUGCAGACCAGCCACCACUACUGCCACGUAUUCAGCACUGUUGACGUGAACCUGACGUACGAAAUCAUCCUGACGCUGGGACAAGCAUUUGAAGUUGCCUAUCAGCUGGCCCUCCAAGCGCAAAAAUCAAAAUCCACCAGUGCUUCGUCAGCAGAAGUGAUAGAAACGAAAUCUUCCAAACCGGUGCCUAAACCUCGAGUUGGCAUGAGGAAAUCCGCAGUGCCGCUCCCUCCCGAUAGUCGCUGUUGUUACUGUCACACCUGUACUACACACCGUCCCUCCUAUCUGCCGCUGCAGUCUGUUAGUCAAGGAGCUAAGCUGGAGCCAUCUGAAGUGGACCAAGACUCCCAGUCUCAUGCCAGCGUCUCCUGGGUUGUUGAUCCCAAACAGGAUUCUAAGAGGACCCUCAGCACUAAGUAUGAGACCACUAUCUUCUAAAAAACCAACCCUGUGUCCACCUAGUUUAACCGUGCCUUUGCGAUCUGAUCUGUCUGCUGUUCUAAACUCCCUCUCCCUCCAGCUGCUGGCACUGAGCUCCACCUCUAGGUGCUACACCAUCAGAGGCAGCAGCACUAGAAUACUGUAGACUAAGCGGCUUUUGUAUCUGAUCACUACUGAACACUGUGAAUUCUCCUUACUCGGAAACAAGGGUAACAUGCUGAGAGAAUGACCUAUUAGAGACCUGUGAGGUGGGAGAUGCAGAGGGUUGGAAACCGCAAGAAUCUGAGAUGUGGAUCCAGGAAGCCGCCAGUCAUUUCACGUCUUUCCCUUUGCUCCGGCACUGUGAAUCUCUGGGGGCGACAUGACACUCCCCAGGCCUUUUUAUAUUUAAUGUUGUUAUCCUUGGACUGCUGUAGACUUCUUGUCUCCGAGGUGCGCACGCUCAUUCUAGAUUCUAUACUGAGCCAUGGCUGCAUACUGUUUCAGCAAACUGUUAUCCUCUGUACCUGUCAUCUGAACCAACACUAAUCACUGUGAUGCUGCCUGCAAAUAACACAUUCACUAGAUUUCCUCGCAUGGAUCCUGCGCUCAGUCUCUCUCCCUCCCCCUAAAGUUCAGUGUUGCAAACUUGAUUACACAGCUAAUGUGAGAGCUGGUCUGUGCCACUUGCUGAGAGGUUGCUCACACCCUGCCCCCUGACCCUUCUUAGCGAAUAGGCUGUGUAUACAUAAGAAAUGUCUGGCAGGGACUUCUCAGCUCCCCAUUAAAUCCCAUUGUGUGUUUCAUCAUGUCUUGUUGGAUUUGAUGCAGGCCCCUUCUGUUCACACCGACCAAACUGAUUGUGAGCGACCAGCUUGAUUCUUCCUUUUUAGAACUAUAAAUAGGUUAAGCUUUUAAAGGCACAUGUAAUUGAUCCUGUGCUGGGCCGGGUGCUGGUGACUGGACUAUCUGAUGUCUGACCAAAGCAGACUGACGAGCUGGGAACUUUGCUAUGUUCAACAGGUUUCUUUCAUAUUCACUUUGAUCACAUUUCUCCCUUGGACAGGAAGAAAGUACAAGGCUAUUAAAUGCUGUGCAAUGAGGGCUAUAGAGAUCUUGAAACACCUGCCACCUCCCUGUCCCUUGCCAAGGGGAUUACCCUUAGGGAUGUCCCUAAGUGCAUGGGUACCCUGAGUGCAGCCACCUCCUCCUUUCCUUUCACUUUAUUUCCUUGUCUCCAGAGUUUCUGACCCCAUGGUUGGCUGCAACUGCUACUUUAGUUCCUAAAUGUGAUUCAGACCCCUUGCAACUGAAACUGCAAAGCACAUGCUGCCAUGCAGGCCAGAGCAGAUCUGGGGCCUGGUUUGGAAGAUGGACUAGAUGUACCAUAAAGCAGCUGAGAGCAGUUUGUUAGCCAGUGAACAUUGUAACAUAAAUGCAGUAGAACCUCAGCUACGAACGCCAGAAUUACAAACUGACCGGUCAACCCCAAACCUCAUUUAGAACCGAAAUAUCUAAUCAAGCAUCAGCAGAGACACAAAAAAGCAAAUACAUCACAGAACUGUUAAACUACAAAAAAGGGAGUUUUUUUAAAAAACGAUUUGACAAGGUAAGGAAACUUUGUGCUUGCUUCAUUAAAAGUAAGAUGGUUAAAAGCAACUUUUUUCUUCUGCAUGGUAAAGUUUCAAAGCUGUAAAGUCAAUUUUCAGUUGUAAGCUUUUGAAAGCACCAUAACAUUUUGCUCUGUUACAAAUGUCAUUUAUGAGCAACCUCCAUUCCUAAGGUGUUCAUAACUCUGAGGUUCUAUUGUGCUCUCCUGACUUGCCCUGGUGAACUCCUGACUAGGUAGUGCUUAGCGUCAUCCCGGAUUGAAGUGGGCAAUAUGUAGAAAGCCCAUUGAUAGCAUGAAACUGUGGAGGAAGCAUGUUCUAGUGAUUAAACAGACUGGGGAGUCAGAGCUGCUAGGCCCUAUGCCUGGUUCUAUCACUGACUUGCUGUGUGACCAGUGUGUGUUUGAAGGAUAAUACCUCCCUUCCUUAUGGGGGGAUGUGAGGGUAAACUAGUUUGCAAAACAAUUUGAGUGCCUCUAAGGAAGGCACUAUGUGAUUAGUACAGACUAUGACAUUAACCCACUAUGUUCAGCUCACUCACUCUCCUGACAAAGGAUACCCCAGACUCACAAGGAGGGAGCUUGGACCCUGACCAGCAUUUUAAAGUCAGACGGAAAAGAGUCUAGGAAGCACCUGGCUGUGAGAGGCAGUGCUUAGUACACCAGCUAUUCUGCCACUCACUGGUCAAAGAUGGAGAACGUGUUUGACCCUAGUCUAGCUCCAAGCAUCACUUAUUUUGCACCAUUAGCAGAAUCUGCUUAUAGGAGAAUCAGCAGUGGGAGGUUUGCAGGUGACAGAAAAGGUGUGUUAGGAAGAGAACUCUGAAGAAAGCUAGACAGCUAUUACCCGCACUAUCCAUGCCUCUGUCUAGGGAUGGAUGGUAUGUCAUGAACCAUUUAAUGCCCCCAUCUUCUCCUCCUUCCCAAAUGUCCAUCUCCAGGAAUACUCAGUGUUUCCAAACUGACUCUUGAAUGUUAAGCAAACUCCAUUUACUGAUGCAAGCUAGAUUGUCCAGAGCAGGAUCUGUAGGUAUAAGAGUUUUCUUCAAAUGUCAUAAUCUUUGCAGCAGCCAACCACUUGUAUCUUCAAGCCGACCCCAAAUGUAGUUGUUCAGCCUAUGUCUUCACUUACUAUGUACUGGACUCAAUAAGGAUUUUAGUGAGCUAUCUGUAUUGCACCAGUCUUUUCUCUCCUCAUUAGCCCAAUAAUUGUACUGGAAUUUUGUUUCAAAAUCUUUAUCCAGCUCCUUUCUUGGCAUGAUUCUGACCUCCUAAAUCCUCAGGGCUGUAGCAUAAGGCAAAUGAGUUCGGAAAUAAUAACCUGAUCAGUAAAUUUCCAAGAUAGUAGGAAGAUGUUUAGUAGAGCACUAGUGAAAAUCAGUCUUGUCCAUGGAUUUAACAUAUCAUGUACUAUUGGCAUCUAUGGUACAAGAUGUUUAGACAAAAGAAUCCUUAGAGAGAGACUACAGUGACUGCUAAAACACUACAGCGUUCCUGUUAACUGUAUUGAUUUGGACAAUUUCUGGAAAAUACUAUGACAUUUUUACAGGCAGCUGCAGUAACAAAUGAAUAUGGCAAGCUGGCCUAGACCCUUUCCAAGCUGUGAAUGGUGCUCUAAAACGUCUUUCCACACAGAUCAGAAGAGAAGUUCAGUAAGGCAUACAAGUGGUUGUAUGCUUUCAUUGCUGAGUUUACUCUUACAGCUAUCCACACACUGACCAGAUUUUCAGAGGGGCUGAGUCCUUGCAACUGCCAGUGUUUUCAGUGGGUUCUCAGUGCCUCUAAAAAGGGGUCACCUGUGCAUGUGCCUUUUUAAUGCUGACCUCUGAACCUAGGUUGGAUCCUAGCAGACCUGUCUGAACAGAGGGCUUAUGCUGUGCACCUGUAACUCUCACCAAUUUGUGGCGCUCUCUCACUGCGUGGUCAAACACCCUUCUCCCCUGAAAGCAUUGGUUUGAAUGUGACUCAUUAAAUUAUUCAUUGCAUUUUUCCUUUCUGUUAACUUUGUCCCCUGUUCUGUUUGCCUCUGGAAAGCUGAUCUGCAGGCAGCUGUGUGCUACCAUGGAACUCUAAUAACGGGGCAAAGACCUAAGAAGCAGUGGUACCCCCAACGUGAUGAAGAUCUCCACCUGGCACUGGUGUCUGCCUCUUUGAAUGUAUCCAUGGCUGCUCAGUGAGAGCUUCCAAAGCUAUGGGGGGAAAGGGAUUCCAGCAACUAGCUGACAAAAGCAGCUACACAUUUUUAGCAAAGGAGAUUUGAGACUUCUGAGCUCAAUGGGAGUGAUGCCACAUUUUCUAGUCUGUUGCAACAAACUUUGAGGGUUUUUUCCUUUUACGUGCAACAAUACAAAGCAAAACAAAUCCACAAUUAAAAUGUAGCAUGUUGCGGUUUUGGGGGUGGAAUGACCCUUAUAAUUCCACGGUACUGUCCUGUCCUAAAAAAGUAUGGUAAAAAGUCUUAGCAGUGGCACUAGUAUGUUUGUCUAAUGGUACUUUAAUUCACCUCAGUUCUAGGUGAGCAGCAGAGAACAAUUCCAAGAUUUUGGUAAUAGCUGUUUAUGCCAAGUAAUGAAACUCAGCUGUGUGGGUUUUCAUACUCUGCUUUUGAAAGACACUCCAAGCAGCAGAGGGAAAUGGAUGUAAUUUAAGGAAAACAGUGUCUGCAAAGGAGUUAGAAUCCUAGUGAUUACUGCUGGAUAUCUCACAUGGUACGAAGCCUGCUUUCACUACACAGAACUGGUGUGUUGCAAUACUUGAUAGUGUUUAUGGUGAGGACACAAUCUGAUCUCUUUUCAUUAGUUUAUCAUCACAUUGAGUAACUGAAGAGUUUGCUUCUUUCUACACGAUCUCAUGCAUCCACCAUGUUUUUUAAAUGCAGUUAUGUGCUAGUCGGUUGGGUUUUUGAAGUCUGAUUGUGGUUUAGCACUUCUUUGAUACUAGCUCAUUAUUUAAUGGCAAUUAGUGGAACAGUAUUUCAGAAUAUGAACAAACAAGGAGUUACGUUCUGGGCAUUACAUUGAAAACAGUUCAUACCUGAUAAAUUCUAAUAAUCAGUCCAAGGAUGGUUGGCCCCAAGCAAUCUCGCAUUCCUAAACAGAACACAGUUUUGAAGGUGCUUUGUAAUUAAGCUUCAUUUAAACUAUCAGAGUAUUUCUCAGUGGCUUUGGCUGUGAUGGUUGUGUGAACUGGUGUGUUUUCCAGUGCCCUGACCAUUAGGACCUUGUUGAAAGGAGAGAUGGUAAAAUGGGCAUGACUUGGUUCUUGAGCUGUACAAACAGGAUGUGCCGUGCCAUGCCAUUGCUGUGGUCUCAGGUGGGUGUGAUGGUUUGGUGCCCUGCUGCUUAUAACAGUGUGUCCUAGCUAUUUGUUUUUAACUCCAAUUGCUGCUGUAUCUGUCAGUUUUUAAUGUAGUCUCAUCUUCAGUUGAUAGUGAGCACUGAAGAAGCAAACAGAAAUCCCCAGGGCCUAGAUCUGUCAGUGAUUAGUGGACAGAAAACAAGCUUAAAAAAAUAGUGAAUUUAGGAAACUUAACAUUCCAUCUUAUGCCUAUGUUGUAGCUCACUCAUGUAAGUGUAAAUUUUCAGUGUGUUGGCAACAACUCUGUUCAGAGACCGAACCCAUUUUGGAGGAGGGUGAAUAAGCUUUUGAAGUUGGCUUGCAGAAGAGGUGGUGAAAGACUGCAGUCUUGCUGUUGUCUUCAGUGACCCAGCAGCAAGCUUUGCAGCUCUCUUGCCAGAUGUUUCUUUUUUCAGGAAUACCUAUUGAAGAGGAGCUGAGUUUUGGCAGUGUAUCUCUUGAAGCUUGGUAUGCUUUCAAGGUACUUGCCUGCUAGGAGCUCUCCUACCCAGCCUGUAUUUUCCGGAGUUCAAGUGGCUCCCAAACUCCUCCUACUUUGCCAUUUGUACAGUGUUCAGGCUCUUGCAUUCCUACAGGGAUUCACAGUAUCUAGAGAAAAGUGUCCUAAAUUUGUGGUGCUGAAUGCGAUGAAUUUUUCAAAGUGCUGAGCUAGUUCUGGUAGCCAACAGUGCUCCAUUUUCUUCCCUUUUUCAAAGGAUAAGAAGUCUGUAUUCUAGAGGCAACCUCCAUACGUAUCUGGUAUGGGGCCAGGCUGAGAACUCUAGGCAGAUACUAAGAUUAAUAGCAGAAUUAUUGUCUUAAAAUGAGGUUGAAAUCAUUGUAUGUAUUCAGAUUAAAACUGCUCUAUCCUAUUUUAUUCUGUACCUAUUAAAAUGGCAGUCUCAGCUGUUGGAUUUUUGUCCUUCAGUUUGCCUUGAGACUGUAUUUUCUAGAAAAAAGGAAAGAUGAUUUGAGGUACAUCCCAACUCCUCUCGCAGAGAAAGGGUAUUGUGAUAUGCUUUGAGUGGGAAGCUGAACUGGACUGCUGCCCUUCUUGAGACUGCUGCAACAUCCAGACCAGACACCAAAUGGUAUCUCUGAGAAACUCCAUUUCUUGAUCAAAUUCAGUUACGUCAACACUCUCUCACUAAAGUGUUCCGAUAUCCAUCAUCAGGAUUUUCUGUGGUUUUCCUUUAUGCUUACAUCAGUUGAGUGCAGUAGGAUUUUUCAUUUAAUAACAAGCUCUCUAUUUGCAAAUCAAAGUUCCCUUUUGGAUCCUACACUGGCAUAUUUAUAGGUACCUGUACAACCAGAAGCAAAUCUGAUGCUCUUGAAAUGGGAGAGCUAACUCAAACUUUCUUUUGUCUCAGGAAAAAUAACCUGAGAUUCCCCAAUAAGGCACAGAACAGUCAACUUCAAUUUGCAAUGUAGACCUUUUUGCUAAUUGUGAUGUAUGGCGGUGGGACUGAUUUGUAAUAAAAAUGUUAUUUAAUCUGUCUCUGUAUUUUGAUACUUGAAUUAUUUCUUUUAUUUUCCUGUAUAUACAACUGUUAAUCUGUUUAAAUUUUUGUCUGAAUUUUAAACAUCUUGUGGUACCAAACUUAACCAAUCUGUGCAACAACAUAGACUGACCUCACUACAACAAGGCGAGAUUGUAAAUAUUUCUGGGCUUCCAGCAGUCGUUUUGUUGUUUUCAUAACUGUACAACCUAGAACAGACUGAAUUAAUAAAUAAACUCAGACACACAA